ACAUGUUAUAUUUACUGUUGUUUAGGCUGGUUGAAUGAGUUCCCUAUGAGAGUCUACUUCUUCUGCAAGAAAACAGGCGGCCGCACCAGUUUCCUCAUAUGAGAGAGUCUACUUCUUCUGCAAGAAAACAGGCGGCCGCACCAGUUUCCUCAUAUGAGAGAGUCUACUUCUUCUGCAAGAAAACAGGCGGCCGCACCAGUUUCCUCAUAUGAGAGAGUCUACUUCUUCUGCAAGAAAACAGGCGGCCGCACCAGUUUCCUCAUAUGAAAUUAAAAGUAGGUUUGUGACCUAACACACUUUCAAAAUGGCUGUUGAAACUGUGGGACACAUUUCUCUGCAAGAAGUCGGAUAAAUGUGUUGAUUUGAAGGAAAGACGAGCAGACUGUUGUCAGUGGUCUAAAAUGAGUAUCUCUGGGGAGAAAGAGGAGGGGGGCCCUGCCUCCAAAAUGAGACUCUCUGGGGAACAUGACACCACAGCUAAAAGUCCAAUCAAGCAGGAGAGACCAGCCUCCCUUGUACCCAUCGGUGUGUCCAUGAAGAGUGAGCGGUCUAUGGGUACACCUAUAUUGUUCAGAGAGGCAGACUUUUCUACUGGUCAAAGAAACCAAGAGGAGAGAUCAGAGUCAGAGAUUCUCAGUGGUCAGUCUUCCCAGAGUCAUCAAACAGACCUGGCCUCCAUAUUCAGUUUGCUUGAAGAGAAUAUUAUCACAUUUAUAAAGAACGAGCUGAAGAUGUUCAAGAGGAUUCUUAGUCCAGAACUCCCAGAAGGCUUUGAGAGUCAGAAGCAGGAUAAGGAAGUGGUGGACACUGAAGAUGAGAAGCAGGAGAGCAGUGCCAGAGAGGGAGCUCUGAAGAUCACACUGCAUGUCCUGAGGAAAAUGAACCAGAAGGAGCUUGCUGACACACUGGAGAAAAAUGAACUUGCUGUGAUUUGCCAACGUGAACUCAAAUCUAAUCUAGAGAAGAAGUUUCAAUGUGUAUUUGAGGGGAUCGCUAAACAAGGAAACCCAACACUUCUCAAUAAGAUCUACACAGAGCUCUACAUUACAGAGGGUGGAACAGGAGAGGUCAAUAAUGAACAUGAGCUGAGACAGAUUGAGACAACAACCAGGAAACAAGCAAGACCAGAGACUGCAAUCAAAUGUAAUGAAAUCUUCAAACCCUUAACUGGACAAAACAAACUUAUCAGAACUGUGUUGACAAAGGGAGUCGCUGGCAUUGGAAAAACAGUCUCUGUGCAGAAGUUCAUUCUGGACUGGGCUGAAGGAAAAGCAAAUCAGGAUGUCCAAUUUGUUUUUUCAUUCCCUUUUCGGGAGCUGAAUUUGAUGAAAGAGAAAAAACACACUUUGAUUGAACUUCUCAACCACUUCUCAAUGGAAACCAAAGAAUCAAGAAUCUCCAAAUACGACAAGUACAAAAUUCUGUUCAUCUUUGAUGGUCUGGAUGAGUGCCGACUGCCCCUAGACUUCCAGAACAACAAGAUCUGUUGUGACGUCACCAAGUCAACCUCAGUGGAUGUUCUGCUGACAAAUCUCAUCAAUGGAAACCUGCUUCCCUCUGCUCUCCUCUGGAUAACUACCCGACCUGCAGCAGCCAAUCAGAUCCCCCCUGAGUGUGUUGACCAGGUGACAGAGAUACGAGGGUUCAAUGACCCACAGAAGGAGGAGUACUUCAGGAAGAGAUUCAGUGAUGAGGACCUGGCCAGCAGAAUCAUCUCACACAUAAAGACAUCAAGGAGCCUCCACAUCAUGUGCCACAUCCCAGUCUUCUGUUGGAUUUCUGCAACAGUCCUUGAACACAUGCUGAAACAUAAGAGAGAAGAGAUGCCCAGUACUCUGACUGAGAUGUACACACACCUUGUGGUGUUUCAUACCAUAAAGAAGAAUGAAAAGUAUCUUGAGAAAGAAGAGACAGGUCCACACUGGAAUAAAGAGAGAAUUCUGUCACUGGGAAAACUGGCUUUUCAACAGCUUGUGAAGGGAAAUCUGAUUUUCUAUGAAGAAGACCUGAAAGAGGCUGGCAUUGAUGUCAAUGAAGCCUCAGUGUACUCAGGAUUGUGCACACAGAUCUUUAAAGAGGAAUGUGGGCUGUACCAGGACAAGGUGUACUGCUUCGUGCAUCUGAGCAUUCAGGAGUUUCUGGCUGCUGUAUAUGUGUUCCUCUCAUUCAGCAACAACAAUGAGAAUCUAAUGGCCGAACCUCAAUCAACAUCCAGGAACUUUUAUGUGAGGAUCAGACAGAAAAUUAAAGUCACCGUCUACAAGAGUGCUGUGGAUGAAGCCUUACAAAGUGAGACGGGAAACCUGGACCUUUUCCUCCGCUUCCUUCUGGGCCUCUCACUGGAGUCCAAUCAGAAGCACUUACGAGGUCUACUGACAAAGACAAGAAGCAGCUCACAGAGCCAUGAAAAAACAGUCAAGUACAUCAAGGAGAAGAUCAGGGAGAAUCCCUCUCCAGAGAGGAGCAUCAAUCUGUUCCACUGUCUGAAUGAACUGAAUGACCAUUCUCUAGUGGAGGAGAUCCAAAACUACCUGAGCUCAGGAAGUGUCUCAGAAGCAAAACUCUCACCUUCACAGUGGUCAGCUCUGGUCUUUGUGUUGCUGUCUUCAGAAAAGGAGCUGGAUGUGUUUGACCUGAAGAAAUACUCCAGAUCAGAGGAAGGUCUUCUGAGGCUGCUGCCAGUGGUCAACGCCUCCAGAGCUGCUCUGCUGUCAGGCUGUGGAGUCACGGAAAAAGGCUGUGCUUCUCUGGCCUCUGCUCUGAAGUCAAACCCCUCACACCUGAGAGAGCUGGAUCUGAGUAACAAUGACCUGAAGGAUUCAGGAGUGAAGCUGCUCUCUGACGGACUGGGGAAUCCCCACUGUAAACUGGAGACUCUGAGGCUGUCAGGCUGUCUAGUCACAGAGGAAGGCUGUGCUUCUCUGGUCUCAGCUCUGAGGUCAAACCCCUCACAUCUGAGAGAGCUGGACCUGAGCUACAAUCAACCAGGAGACUCAGGAGUCAGACUGCUCUCUGCUAGACUGGAGGAUCCACACUGCAGACUGGAGAAACUCAAGCUGUCAGGCUGUGGAGUGACGGACAAAGGCUGUGUUUCUCUGGUCUCAGCUCUGAAGUCAAACCCCUCAAACCUGAGAGAGCUGGAUCUGAGUAACAAUGACCUGAAGGAUUCAGGAGUGAAGAUUCUCUCUGCUGGACUGGGGAAUCCCCACUGUAAACUGGAGACUCUGAGGCUGUCAGGCUGUCUAGUCACAGAGGAAGGCUGUGGUUCUCUGGUCUCAGCUCUGAAGUCAAACUCCUCACACCUGAGAGAGCUGGACCUGAGUAACAAUGACCUGAAGGAUUCAGGAGUGGAGCUGCUCUCUGCUGGACUGGGGAAUCCCCACUGUAAACUGGAGACUCUGAGGCUGUCAGGCUGUCUAGUCACAGAGGAAGGCUGUGCUUCUCUGGUCUCAGCUCUGAGGUCAAACCCCUCACACCUGAGAGAGCUGGACCUGAGCUACAAUCACCUAGGAGACUCGGGAGUCAGACUGCUCUCUGCUGGACUGGAGGAUCCAAACUACAGACUGGAGAAACUCAAUGUGGAUCAUGGUGGAGAGAACACAAUGAAACCUGGGCUUAGAAAAUAUGCCUGUGAUCUCACACUGGACCCAAACACAGCACACAGACUCCUCUCUCUGUCUGAGGAGAACAGAAAGGUGACAUGUGGGAGAAAGAAGCAGCCGUAUCCUGAUCACCCAGAGAGAUUUGAGGUCUGUAGACAGGUGCUGUGUAGAGAGCUUCUGACUGGGCGCUGUUACUGGGAGGUAGAGUGGAGUGGGGGAUGGCCAGUUAUAGGAGUGACAUAUAAAGGAAUCAACAGGAGAGGAGAGGGUAAGGACUGUGGACUCGGAUGGAAUGACAAGUCCUGGAGUCUGUUCUGCUCUGACAACAGUUACACUGCCAGGCACAAUUAUAAUACCACUCUCAUAGACGUCCCUUCCUCCAGCUCCCACAGAGUAGGAGUGUAUCUGGACUGGCCAGCCGGCACUCUGUCCUUCUACAGAGUCUCCUCUGACACACUGACCCACCUGAACACAUUCUACACCACAUUCACUGAGCCCCUCUAUCCAGGGUUUUGGGUUUAUGAUGACUCUUCAGUGUCCCUAAUCAAACACAACACAAUAUUUUAAUAAAAUAUAAAAUAAGAAUAUAAAUAGAUGAAUAUAAAAUAGAUAAAUAUAUAACUCUGUGUCACACACACUGGAAACACACACACACACACACACACACACACACACACACACACACACACACACACACACACACACACACACACACACACACACACACACACACACACACACACACACACACACAC